CACACUAAGUUCAUAGAAUGAAUACGAUAUGCAUAAUGCCACCAAUGUAAAUUUAAGGAACAACAAAGAACCAGUGCCGUAUAGUUAUGACCCAGCCACCCAGAGAAGAAAUGAAAAAAUGUGCCCGCUUUCCAACUCUGCAGGGGUGGGGACUGUGGGUGUAGAAAAUACACAAAAUGUCAGAGACCUUUGACGUGCCAAGUAGGUUUGCUGGAACUGCUUUCGCAGAAUUCGAGAGUUGGAAGGUGCUCGGUGACUGUGCCAACCUAGAUGGGAAAGGGACCACCCCUCUAACAUACCCGACAGGUGUUAUCCCGCUUUGGCUUGAAGACCUCUAAGGAGAAGAAAUCUGCUACCUCUUAAGGCACCUUCUUUCUGUUUUUGUCAGCUAUGAUUAUUAGGAAAGCUUUCCUGGCAUCAAGCUUAAGUUGGCCUCUUUGCAGCUUCCAUACAUAGCUUGGGCCAAACAAAAUCAAUCUCAUCUCUCUUACAAAUGACGGCCUUUCAGAUACUUGAAAACAGCUGUGCGCUCUGACAACGAAGCCCUUCCUCAAGAGGCAGCUACUUUAAAGUGAAAGGAAUGGCCCCUGUCUACCUGACAGCCCAGACCCAGCAGGGGUCUGUGACCUUCAGGGACGUGGCUGUGGACUUCACCCUGGAGGAGUGGGGGCACCUGGACCCCUUCCAGAAGGAGCUGUACCGGGAGGUGAUGCUGGAGAACUUCAGGAACCUGGUCUGCCUGGGACUCACGGUGUCCAGACCUGACGUAAUCCACCAGCUGGAGCAAGGAGAAGCCCCUUGGAUUCCAGAGGGAGAAGGCCCGAGAAACAGCCUUGCAGGCUGUGCUUCUGACUUUCUGGACUUCAACACCGUACCCCAGCUGCAGUCUCUCCCUGAAAUCUCCCUUAGUGCCAAAGGCAUCCUCACUCUGGAAGAUCCAUCUACCCCUCUGACCUUCUCACAAUGGAACAUGCCUCCGCUGUGCCAGCCCCGUCCUCUCAUUGGUUGGGAGACGAAUCAUGAAACCAAGGAAUCAGUUCAGGAAGUGGAUAUUUCAAUGGAAGAACCAUCUCAGGAAAAACUCACAAAGGAUGGUUCUUGUUUCUUGAAGUUACAGGAAGCUUGGGAUUGUGUCGGUAGUUUGAAGAAGAAGCAGAGUGAUGAGGUGAAACAUUCUCAGCAAGUGAAGAUUUCCCCUAAGAAGCAUUCUAAUAAAUUGAGAUGGCACGACUAUAACUAUUGCAGAAAUUUCAACCUAGGACCUGUAGGUUUUCCACAACCGAGAGUAGGAAAGGGUCCCAAUAAUAGUUAUACACAAGGAAAGAGCUUCAGGGUGAAUUCAGACUUAAGAAUACGUAAUACAGUAUGUCCAAGUAAGAUAUUUUGUAAGUUUAAUGAAGGUGAGGAGAAACUUUGUGAAUAUAAUGAAUAUUGGAAGGCCUUUAGGAACAGAUCAGAACUUACUCAAUAUCAGGCAGUGCAUAUUGGAGAGAAAUCUUACAAAUGUAGUGAGUGUGAGAAGGCCUUCAGGUACAGAUCAGAGCUUUCUCAACAUCAGACUAUUCAUACUGGUGAAAAACCUUAUGAAUGUAAUGUGUGUGGGAAGGCAUUCCGCCUGAAAGCACAGCUCAAGCAACAUCAGAAAAUUCAUACUGGUGAAAGACCUUUUAAAUGUGACGAGUGUGGAAAAGCCUUCAUUCAAAGCCAAAAUCUUAAGCAACAUUAUAGAAUUCACACUGGAGAGAAACCUUUUGAAUGUAAUGAAUGUGGAAAGGCCUUCACCCAGAGGAUAGGACUUAUUCAACAUCAGAGAAUACACAGUGGUGAGAAACCUUAUGAAUGUAAUCAGUGUGGGAAGGCUUUCCGACUGAGAGGAAAACUCAGCCAACAUCAAACAAUUCAUACUGGUGAAAAACCUUUUAAAUGUGAGGAAUGUGGGAAGGCUUUCAUACAAAGCCAAAAUCUUAAACAACAUUAUAGAACUCAUACUGGAGAGAAACCUUACGAAUGUAAUCAAUGUGAGAAAACCUUCAGCCGCAGAAUAGGGCUUUAUCAACAUCAGAAAAUUCAUGGUAGUGAGGCAUGUUAUAAAUGUAAUGAAUGUGGGAAGACUUUCAGGUACUUGACAGAACUUACUUAUCAUCAAAAAAGUCACGCUGAAAAGAAACCUUAUGAAUAUAAUGAAUGUGGACAGGCCUUCAGUGAGAGAAAACAAUUUAUUUCACAUUAUCCAAUUCAUAAUGGAGACAAGCCUUAUGAAUGUAAUGAAUGUGGAAAGGCCUUUGGCCAGAAGAAGGAACUUAAUCGACAUUAUACAAUUCAUACUGGAGAGAAACCAUACGAAUGUAAUGAAUGUGGAAAGGCUUUCCGCCAAAGAAUGGGACUUACUCGACAUCAGACAAUUCAUACAGGUGAGAAACCUUAUGAAUGUAAUGAAUGUGGGAAGGCGUUCAGUCAGAAGAUAGGCCUUAGUCGACAUCAGACAGUUCAUACUGGGGAGAAACCUUAUAAAUGUGGUGAAUGUGGGAAAGCCUUCCGUCUGAGUGCACUGCUUACUGCUCAUAAGAAUAUUCAUACUGGUGAGAAACCUUAUGAAUGUAAUGAAUGUGGGAAAGCUUUCCGACUGAGAGCAUUACUUACCACACAUAAGAAUAUUCAUACUGGUGAGAAACCUUAUGAAUGUAACGAAUGUGGGAAAUUCUUUCGAUUAAGAGCACUGCUUACUGCACAUAAGAAUAUUCAUACUGGAGAGAAACCAUAUGAAUGUAAUGAAUGUGGGAAGGCCUUCCGUCAGAAGACAGGACUAACACAACAUCAGACAAUUCACACUGGAGAGAAACCCUAUGAAUGUAAUAGAUGUGGGAAAGCCUUCCGCCAGAGGAUAGGACUUACUCAACAUCAGACGAUUCAUACUGGUGAAAAGCCUUAUGGAUGUAAUGAAUGUGGGAAGGCCUUUCGCUUGAGAGCAGAGCUUACUCAACAUCAGACAAUUCAUACUGGUGAGAAACCUUAUGAAUGUAAUGAGUGUGGGAAGACAUUCCGCCAGAAGGCAGGACUUACUCAGCAUCAGAGAAUUCAUACUGGAGAGAAACCAUAUAAAUGUAGUGAGUGUGGGAAGGCCUUUAGCAGGCGGGUAGCACUUACACAACAUCAGACAGUUCAUACUGGUGAAAAACCUUAUGAAUGUAAUGAAUGUGGGAAAGCCUUCAGCCAGAGGAUUGCCCUGUCCAAACAUCAGACAAUUCAUACUGGUGAGAAACCUUAUGAAUGCAGUGAAUGUUCGAAGUCCUUCCGCCUGAGAGCACAGCUUACUCAACAUCAGAGAAUUCAUGCUGGUGAGAAACUUUAUGGAUAUAAUGAUUGAGGAAUGGUGUAUUUCCAAAGUAAAUAACUUACUCAACUAUUUAUGCUGUAAGGAGAGGGGGAGGGUGUCAGUUGAAUCAAUCAAUCACCCUACUCUACCUCACCUUGCUUAAAAUAUUAACAAUAUAAUUCUCCAGCCCUGAUACUUUCAUUAGUUGAGAACUUCUUUAUUGAAUCAAUCUGACAUUAAACUAGUUGCCAAAAGUCCUUAAUCAGUUUGGAAGGAAUGAAAUUCACUGGAUGAAAUGACAUGAUAUUUAUUAAAUGGGAAGUUUUUUAAAAAUGGCUAAAAAAAUUCAGUCAUGAACUUGGAUAAAAGUCUUGGAUAGAAGAGCAAGCCAAUUCUGAAUCUGGAUUUUUAGUUUUAGAACUUCUUCUUAAGGGAAGCUACUUUGGCCAAAACCCUGAGAAUGACUUCAUAGUGGGAGGAGACAGCCUCUAUUUCCUUUUUACUUUCCCAUGAACCAGAAAAAGGCCUCAUGAACUUCUGAAAGGUCAGAAGAUUUGUGACUUUUCACCAGUGCCCUAACAAGAUCCCUGGAACGGCAGUGACUGAGAGCGACAUCUGCAUCAGGAGAUAGGACUGAACUAGACAUAUUGAAGAGAGACGUCUUCAGGGCUCGACAAGGAGCCUAAGGGAAACUUCAUCAGGACACCACAAAGAGUAGGAGAGGACUUCUAGCAUACAGGAGCUGUAAGUUACUGCUGUGCCACAUGCUUUUGAAGCCUGAGCCCACCUUCCCCUGAACUCUGCUUUUGUGGGAAAGUGUGUCCUCGGUUUGGGGGAGUAUUUUAUACCAACUGUUCUUAGUAUGCUACUUUCGUAAAAAGCCCUUUCUAAAAGCUAAUUUAUUAUCAUCUCUUAAUCAGUAGUCAGGGAAACCAGUGGAGGCUCAUGAGCAGUAGUACUGGUAUCUCCCAACCCUUCAACAUUAUCCUUGUAACCCUCAGUUAAGAAGUAGCCGGUAUCCCCUUUGGGACUCAGUCUGCCGGGUAUUAUAUCAUGAUUAUUAAAAGAAAAAGUGGUAUACAAUGAAUGUGAAAAGCUCUUUUUCAGGGCACAGAGCUUACUGAAAAUCAGAAAAUCCUAUUGGAGAGAAGCAUUAUGAAUAUAACAAACAGAAGCAUUUCAGUCAGAAUUAUGGUCCUUUAUUGAAAAUUAGAGACUUGAAAUUUUAAAUGAAGAAAAUUUAUGUCUACUUUCAGUAGCCAGUUCAAACAUUGGUUCCCCUCCCUAUCCCCUUUCACCUCCCACCAUUCAUUUGUAAUGCAAAUGUUACUUAAACGUUUAAUUUGAGAAAAUUGAAGCAAUAAGGCAGCUGUUUACUCUCUAAAUGCCACUCAUGAAAAUUUCUGAGGCUUCUCAUCUUUCCAAUCACCAGAAUUGUUAACCUAACUCCUUAGAAAGACCAUUUCUCUUUUUGUGCCUUUAUGCAGUCCCCUCCUUCCUACUCCAGCAGUCAUCCCCUAUCUUUAAGAUAGCAUCAGUCUAUUUCUCUUAGCAGGCUCUUUGUCACCAUCCUCAGUUCAUUAAAUGCCAUCUUUCCUCAUAGCCAGGUUCACAGCCUUGGAAUCUUAUUCAAUGUCUCUCUUCUUCACUCCAUAUCUCAUGAAUUGCUGUGUCUUGUAGAUCUUCCCCCUACAUCAUCUGUCAUGUUGAUAUCCUCUCUACAUUCAAAACAUUGCUAGCCUAGUACAGGGCCUCAUCCUAUCUCCUAGACUACUACAGCAGCCUCUUGGUUUGAUUUCUAUUUUCUCUACAGUUUAUCCUCCCCACAACAAUUAACUUUCUAAAGAACAGAACUGAUCAUGUUACUCUCUUGAAAAUCUUUAGUGUUUUCACCACAGCUUGGCAUUUGAAAUCUAAUCCCAACCUUUCCAGGCUAAUUUUACAUUUUCUCCUUCAUGCACUUCAGAGUCAAACUGAUCUACUUAUAGUACACUGAAUUUGACCUUAUAUCCUCUGCCUCUGUGCUUUUGCGUAGUCUCAUCCCCAUGCCUUGAAUUUACUCCUCUUUUCUUUUUUCCAGUUGUUUCAUAUGCCACCCCUUAAGGCAAGAAGCUCCUAACCUUUUUGGUGAAAUGGAUCAGUUUAAAAGCAUUGAAGCUUAUGGAACCCUUCUUGAAAAAAUGUUUUUUAAAUGCAUAAAAUAAAACACGUAAGAUCACCAAGGAAACUAA